AUGGGGCCCCAGCUUUCACCGUCAGGAGAUUACUACGCUCCAGAUGGUGGGGUCAAGGUCUCCACUCUGGUGGACUGGGAGGGCUAUGAGUCUGAGGAGUCCCUGCCUGCAACAUCUUGGACAAGAACCUCAUUCAGGAGUUUCAUUACACCCAUCCUGACCAAACUGGAGGUCCAUGUCAUGUUUUUGCGUCUUGCUGUCACCUGCCAUGCCCACUUGCUCACGCUCCGUGUUCACCAGUUUCUCGCUCUACUGAAGAAUCCCAUUCACCACUCUGCCAGAUUAUCAAACCCUCUUGGAAAGAAGACCAAGGAGAUUGUUGUGGACUUCAGGAGAACUCAGACAAAACAUGCUCCACUAUCCAUCAACGGUGUUGUUGUGGAAAGGGUGAGCAGCACCAAGUUCCUGGGUGUGCACAUCUCUGAGGACCUCUCCUGGACCAUCAACACAGCAGCAGUGGCCAAAAAGGCUCACCAACGGCUCUACUUCCUCCGCAAGCUGAGAAGAGCGAGAGCCCCCACCCCCAUUAUGACAACCUUCUACAGGGGGGCCAUCGAGAGCAUCCUGAUGAGCUGCUCCACUGUGUGGUACGGGGCCUGCACAGCAUCCUGCCGCAAAUCCCUCCAGCGGAUCGUGAGGACAGCUGAGAAGAUCAUUGGCACCUCUCUCCCCUGCCUUCAGGACCUCCACAGCUCUCGCCUCAGAAGUAUGAUCGGAACCACUCCAGGGCAGUGCCAGGCAGAACAACAAAGGAACCAAGCACUUCAAAAUGCAGAAAAACUCAAGGAAGCUUUUAAAGAAUAUAAGACUACAACUUCUGUUAGGCUUCAAAAGGUGAUGGAGAGUGAAAGCAAAUUGAAACAGAGUCUGGCUGAGUGUGACAGACAAAAAGAAGAACUGGAAAUGAAGUUUUCAGUGUUGGAAAGAGAGAAGGCAGAACAUUUCCAGACUGUUAGCCGGUUGCAGGAGGAGGUGCAGCGGGGCAAAGCUGCAGCUGCUGACCUCCGAGCCCAAGCUGAAGAUGUUGGACGUAAAGCCUCUCAGCUGGAGCAGCAACUGGUGGAGCGAGGUGCAGAAUACAGGGAGCUGGAAGAGCUAAGGACCCUAGCCCGCAACCAGGAGCAGAGGGUGACCCAGAGCCUCAGAGAGGCUCAACAGAACCAGGCAGAGCUGGCCGGCCUGGAGGCCAUACUGGCCCUGCUGCACCUACGAGAGAGUCCUGAAGGGCCGCUUUGUGCCUGUCCUUGCAUGCUGCCCCAAGUGGAUUUUUCAGGAACUGCACACCAGCUGAAACUGAAACCAGGUGAAGGCUUCCAGCAGCUGCUGCGGGUGCUGCAGACCAAGGAAGCUGAGAUGAUGAAACAGAGCAGCCUGAACAAGCGGCUUCAGGAGCGUUUGAGCAGAGCGCAGGAGGAGAUCUCCUCCCUCCACAACUCCAUGACCCAGCAAGCCUUGCACUACCAGAACGUCCACACCGAGCUGCUAAACAAAGUCAGCAAAGCCACGGAUACAGAGAAGGAGCUAAAGAGAAAAAGUGCACGAGUAGCUGCUCUGGAGAAACAGUUACAGGAGAAGACCUCAGCAUACAGUCUGGCUGCGCUAAAGAACACCGAGCUGGAAACUCUGCUGCAGGAGAAGACCAGUGCCCUGCAGCAGUAUCAGUCACUGAUGACCAAAAAGCAAAGGGAGUACCAGGAGUCUCUAGAGAAGUGUAGACAGUCUCAUUCUAACCAGCUGAUAGAACAACAACACAGGAUAGAAAUGCUGCAGCUGUCUAUGGAGCAGGCUCGGUCUCGGCUGUUGGAGAUGGAGCAGGAGUUGAGUUCUCUACACAAGGAGCGAGAAGAGGCUCAGCAAGCAGCUUUCCUGUUACACACCUCGCUAGAUCAGCUCACACAGGAGAAGGAGGUUGAAGUUCAACACAAACAGGAGUUGCUACAAACUUUCAAAGAGCAAGCAUCUGAGUCUGCAACCAAGAUAACUGAACUGCAGUCGUGUCUGUCAGCGUGCAGAGAAGAGCUGGACGUCUACCGGCAGCAGAUGGAAGACAUGAAGAAGAACUAUGAGACUGAGCUGCAGAAGAAAAAUGACAAGGUGUCCUUUCUGCAGGAGAAGCUUCACAGCACCAGUGUGGUUUGUCAGAGCUCCAGUGAGCAGAACCUGCAGCUGCAGGUGUCCUUGCAGCAGCAGCAGGCCAUGCUGACUGAGAGCACGGCUCGGGUUUCUGAGCUGGAGGAGAGCCAGAGCCAACUGGAGAAACAGGUGUCCAGUCUGGAGCAGCAGCUGGAACGAGCUAGGGUGUCUCUGCAGGACGAAGUGAGGAGCAGGGAGCAGGACACUCAGAUGACCUCCAAGAAGCUGCAGGAGAUGAAGCAGCAGAACUCAGCACUCUCCCAGUCCCUCCGCCAUCUGACUUCAGAGAUGCAGAUGUGUAGGGCUGAGCUGGUUUCCAAGGAGUCAGAGUUGGAGCACCUGAGGAGAGAUGUUUCCAUGAAGAUGGCUCAGAUUGGAGACCUGGAGGAGAGCCUGCAGCAUGCAAAGAGCCAGCUCAUCACCAAGAGUUCACUGGUUGGAGACCUCGAGGAGAAGCUCCGUCGUUGUGAGACAGAUCGGAUCAGCUGUGCACAGAAAGUCCAAACCCUGGAGGGACAGUCCCAUUUUGUGCAGGCAGAGCUGACUGACACCCUGGAGCGUUUCCAGGAGCUCAAAGACGUCUUGCAGAAAACCCAAACCAUCUCUGAAGAGCGGCAAGCACAAGUGGACAAACUGACCGGCCAGCUUAGUGAAGUCCAGAGGGAGCUGGAGGAGAGAACUCUUGAGGCGUUGGACAUGGACAUUGCACUGAAAGAACGACAGGGGGAGCUCCAGCAGAGAGCCAAGCUGCUCAGCCAGCUGGACGUGGCCAUCAGAGAUCACAAGCAGGAGAUGGAGAAGAAGGUGGAGGCCCUCCAGCAGAAAAUGGAGGCCAAAGAGUCAGAGCUGAGAGACGCACAGAGGGAGAGCAUGAACAGAAACACAAAGGAGUCACAGGACCUCAAACAGCAGCUGUGUGAGACCCAGCAGAAACUUCAGAAUAUUCUAGAAAAGCUUGAAGAAUCUCAUCGUCGCUGUGAGGCUCUGACUGAAGCGCUGGAUGCUGCCAAGCUGCAGAGCGGAGAGACGGAGGCCCAGCUGUUCAGUGUAGAGGAGGAGCUGACUCUGAAGGAGGCGCAGUGGCAACAGGAGGAGGCCCGGCUGCAGAGCAUGGUCACUGCUUUGGAGCAGGAGCUGGAGCUGGAGAAGGAGCAGCACAGCAAGGAGCUGGAGUGUCUGCAGCAGAGUCGAGGUCAGCUCCUCAAAGUGUCGGAGCAGAUUUCCUCCACCAUGCGCUCCUCCCAGGAGCAGCUCACUGUCCAGCUCCAGCAGAGCCAGACCCAGCUGGAGGAGGCAAAGGCACAUUACAACCAGAUCAAAGCCCAGCUGGACCAAUCUAAGACUGAGCUGGAUUAUACCCGUAACCAAGCCAGUCACCUCCAAGCCCAGCUGGACCAGACCCAGAACCAGUUCCUUCAGAAUAAAACCCAACUGGAGCAGAGCAGGACUCUGUACGAGCAGAUGAGGGUUCAGAACGGUCAUCUGCGAGCCCAGCUCGAGCAGCUCACUGCCCAGUUCAGUGAAAGCAGAAUGCAGGUCGCUCAGCUUCAAAUUCAGCUCCGUGCAUCUGAGAAGUCUGUGGAGACGUCAGCUGGUUCUCUGCUCAACAAGGAGUCUGACACGACCCGUCUCCAGGACAAGCUUUUUAGUCUGGGGGGAGCUGCUGAACAACAGAAUCUGUUCAAUCAGACACUUCCACUUCCUGCCCUGCACAUGUUUACUGAGCCCUUAGAACCCAGACCCUCACCUCCCUCACCUCCCAAACAGCUCCAGCCAAGUCUCGGCCCUCCUGAUCACGCUGUACACCCGUGCUCUCUGACACGCUGCACACAGCCUGCUCACCCGUGUCCUCAGCCCAGCUCAGCCCUCCAGCUGUCUGGGGGCCCCCCAGCCUGUGACUGUCUUCAGAGCAGCAGCAUCAACUCCUCCUUGGACCUUCCUUGGAGCCUGAAAGCCACAGUGAGGGAGGUGCUCAACAACAGGCCAUGGAAGUCUUCCUCACCUUCCAUUUCUUUGUUCCCAGAAACAGUGGACCACAGCUGGCAGGGGCUCAGCGCCGCAGAGACCACGCUGCUCUCUGACCUGUCCUUUAAUCCACUGACCUACAUGGUGGACAAGCAGGACAACACAGAGUCCAGCAUGGAGGCUGUUUUAGUGCAGGAAGCAGAAAGGAGGGAGCCUGUGAGCGCCACCAUGGGUCAGGAGGAGGACGUUGAUGUGACCUCGCUGACAGGGAUGCUGAAGUUUGUAAAUCAGACGUUAGCCAUGCAGGAGGAUCCUUCUGUAUGGAGCUCCACAGAGCAAGGCCAAACCUGA